AUGUUUUCCCAUCGUUUUUCAACUUUUCUGUUCCUUCUGUUGUCUUUGGCCAACCUUAUAUCUGCAGUGCCUGUUCGACCUUUUGCUGGAAACUCAGCAUACGCUGUCGACGCUGAAGAGAACAAAGAAGAGGGGCGAUGGGGCUUCAGUGUGUACGCAGAUGGUUACACAACCAAGGACACAAAUGGCAAUGUAUUGCCCGUUGAUACCCUCAUGGUCAACACGGUGUCCAAACGCCUGACCGUCAUGAAGGCAAUGAACGGAGACGACAAGACGGACCCUCGACUGAAAAUGCGCCAGGUUCUCAAGGCGUGCUGGGAGAUGACUGGUCUCAAGCCUUCCGAGCUGAAGACCGUGAUGGGAUGGAAAAUCAGCAACACCAACAUGCAAGAAGCCCUAGCCUCGUGCCGUACCGAUUUGAAGCUCAAAACGACGGAUUCAUUCACGGUCACCAGCACUGAAACGGAACCUGAGCGCAAGAAAUGUUGGGAGACUGUUGGCAAGACCAUCUUCUCGUCGGCUAUUCAAGGUGCCAUUAGGGACUUCGAUAUCAACAAGGAGCUUCUUGAGCUUGAGGUAGACCAUGGGGACGGAUGGGAUCAUCUUUACUACCGUUUCUCGGCACCAGAUGAACAGUGA